CAUCUUCUAUGACCUAAAAUAUAAUGUCAUAAUAAAAAUACUAAAAAUCAAACACUCCGUUGGUUAAAAUAUUCGAGAAUUAUUGAAAUUUAGAAUUAUGGAUGAUAUAGAAUGGACUAUCGCAAAUGAGGGACAACUAUUAGAUGCUAUGGUUGGUCAUAAACCAGUCGGUGUUAACAAAUACUUCCAAAUGGCCUUUAUAUGCGAAAAAUUCAACAAUAAUAUUAAUAAAGACGUAGACCCUGAAAAAAUAUGGGCUCAUUUAGGAACAAUGUACAAUUUAGAAGCACUUGACGAGAAUGAAUCAAUCCCUUUUCCAAAUAACGAAAAGGAAUUUGCAUUACCUGAAGAUGAUUUUGCCUCAUUGAUAUCGAGAAAGGAUGAGGAGAGAAAAUCACUUCAAAAAGGACGCGAUACUCCAAAGUUAAUUAAAGAAACUAAGAAAGAACCCAAAGAGGAGAAAACACCAUCACGAAACAUAAAGGAUAUUCCGCGUAGGGACAGUAGUAGUAGCAAUAAAGAUAGGGAAUCACCUCGAUCUACUGUUUCUGUAAAGAAAGAAAUGAAAAAAGAAUCUGAAAAAGUAAAAUUAGCAACAAAAAAUCGCAAUUCUAAUUCUGUUUCCAAGGAUGACCCCAAAACUAAAGUUAAAAUAGAUGAAACACCUAAAACCUCUAAAAGGCCUCUUAGAGGAAGUUUGAAAACAGAAGAUAAUGGUUCUAAUGGUAAAUCUAGUCCUGUUCCUUCAACCCCUGGGAGUGUCAAAAGAAGAAGAAUAUUAUAAGAGCUUCAAGUUAUUGGGCGACAUAAUAUCAGGGUAUUACUUAUACAGUAGUAUUUUAAUUGAAAAAUACUUCUUUCGUUGAAGAAUAGUAUCUGCUUGACAAAGUUUCUGCUAAGGGGCCAAGUACGUUCAACUUUGUUGGUGACUGCAAUUUGAACAAAGAGUAAAAUUAUUUAUAUUUAUUGAGGCUUCAUGAAGUUUUGAUAUUAGAAAUAUCCGACUAGAUUUUAGUCUAAGAGUGCCAUGACAGUAUGUCUACAUCUGAAUAAUUUCAAAUUAUUGAAUUAUUUUUCAUUCAAUCAGAAGAGAAGGUUCAAUAAAAAUUUCUAAUGAUCAUUCAGUUGAUUCAAUUCAUGCUCUCCUUAUAAAUUGUUCAAAAAAAUUAUUUUCAAAACCUAUUCUCACAGAAUUCAGUUUUGAGCAUGAAGUAGUAUAAUAUACAGUAUUGGCAAUGAUACGUGUUGAUAUUCAAUACCAGGAACAGAGAACAAAUCCAAUUAGUAAAAUAAAGAUAUUAAAUCUCUUUUGAACAAUUACCAUUCCAACAUCGCUUUGAGGGAAAGGGAUUACAACUAGGUGUUAGAAAUUGUAGAGAUAAACUCCCCUCUUCUUUGCUAACUAGACUUCCACUGUUUGUGGAUUUGAUAUUUCUUUCUCACAGAUGUUUUCACGGUGACGUAAUGAUUGUAAUAUUUUAGGAUAUGGCAUCUUUAUUUGAUACAGUCAAAUACCCGGCUAUUGGAAAUUGUGGUUGCCAUGGAAAGAAAAUGGGGAUUCAUUGGUAGAGAGGGUCACUUUUGUAAAUUCAUCCUUUUCUAGAAUUUUUCCUCCCAUAAUCUAGCAAAAUUCCAUUCCAAUCUUUCGACAAAAUUUCUCUCAACUUUAUUUUCAGUUUGUGGGCGGAUCUCUUUAUCAACAAUUAAAAAUAUUCAAAACUGAUAAGAACUUUUUGAUCAGGAUUAGCAAAAAUAAAUAAAGAUGUGCAGAGGUAGGGGAUAACUCUCCACUUUUUUCUAAUCGCUUUCUCUCCACUUUUUUCUAAACACUUUCAUUGUUUGUGGAUGGGAAGAGAGGAUGAAGUUUUCUGUUUGACUUUUGGCAAUAUUGAUGAAUUCCAUUUCAAUAAAUUGACAUAAAAUCCUAAGAGAUCGACUUGCCAGCACUGUGUAUUCUUUUAUACCUAAAUUUAAAAGAAAAAAAGGAUGGUAAUGUUACAAAUGCAAUAAAAACAUAAUGUUUUCAUA